AAUUCUUGUAGGCCUCCUGCAUGGUCCCCAUGUAAUCCAGGCAUCCAGAGCUGGCAUCAACAGCUCGCCUAGCAUCCGUCCCGCCCUCGAUGUAAUGUCCGUACAUGACAUGUCCCCUUGUGUCGUUCCGUUUGUCACUUUCGUUUUGGCCGCACUUCCAAGUGGUUUCCUUUCCCUUGCCCACCGAGGUGGAUAAACUAAACUUGCAAAAGGGAGCGGGUCAGUACGGACGACACUAUGGCGGUUCUAGACUUCCCUGGCAAACGUGAGCCACUCAAUAAAAACCAGCAAAGCACGCUACGGUGCCAGUUCUACCCUCCCCUCAUUCUUCUCGAGACCCUGAACGAUGUUUGUCCUCGAGGAUCACGCCGACAGCCGUCCGACGCACCCCCGAGUGACCACCAAUCCCCAGAGGAAAGGUUCAAAACGCUGGUUAACAAGCUGGCCCAUAUAUGCGAUUAUGAGCCCGGGGGUAACACGGUCUCCGCACUCGCCGUCAUCAUACAGAAUGGUCGACUGUGUUAUGUUUUGGCGUCUAACCACAGGGGCACCGGUGCCAUGAGAAACGCCCGAGCCGGGUUGCAGGCGGUUCUCGACAUUCUCAAGGCCAGCGUCGAGAAAAGGACGGACGACUCGGAUGAGGUCAUGGCAAAACGUCUGAUGCGGGAGAUCUUGAUUUGGAACAAUGUCCGUGUCAGAGCUUACCUCACCUCGUUGGAGAAAGAGCUGAAGAACUGCGUGGGGAAGUGUGACACCACCGAGCAAGGGAAAAGUGCGAAAGAAGAACUGGAAAGGUUGGCGGCCUUUCUUCCAGACGUACGCGACGGCCAGAAAAGUGAUGCUUAUAUCGAAGCCACUAUGAAAUGUAUUACCGAGAUUCAGACAUCCCGAAAGACGCGCCUACCCACAUGGAGGUAUAUCGAGGCGGCCGCGGUUGCUGACGACGCCAUGGCCAAAGGGGGCUGUUGGUCCGCCCUCCAGCACAGCGCGGGACGACUUCUCGCAUACCAGUACGCUGUACAGACGCUCGUGCAUGCCAGUCACCUGUGGGCCGAGACAGACCUCUUCCGCGACUUUGACAUCGAGACUGUCCGUUCGAGUGACUCGUAUCCGGCGACGGCGCUGAAGUUCAACCGCGAGACUGUCGAGGACAUCCUUAACCGCACUCCCAACGCGGGAAAGGCACAGAAGAAAGCUUACAGGCAGCACGCGGCGGAGCUCCAGGUUUAUGAACUGAACGCGAAGCUAGAGCAGCAAUUGGCCGAUAAACGAGAGCCCAUUGUCCACGCAGAGAUGCUCCUGCACCACUGGCUGUCACGGACCGAAGGCGGCACACAGCCGCACCGCUUCUUCCGUGGCUGGCAAUACAUCGGGACGAGCAAACCGAUAUGCCAACUCUGUAAAGAGUACUUUGCCGUCAUCUCUACGCCAGUCCUCUUCCGCUCAGGACACCCCAACACGUACCUGAACUGGAGACUGCCUGACAUUUACGUCGAGAACAAUGACCCAGUAGCUGUCGACCAUGCAAAGGUGGAAUGGAACAACACGCUGGUCGAGAUGCAGAAACGCAUCUACACGGCGUUGGUGCGCGUCUUGCAGGACAAGGUGUCGGGCAAGAAACCCAACGACUCCAACACGUACACGGACCGGAUCACGACGGGCGAUCCCAAUUAUGUCGCCAACUGGCUGGGGCAGAUGCGGAUUGAUAGUUAGAUCAAGAAUACGGUGGGCGUCUGGGGAUGGAGUUGUCAUUGUUGGGUAGUGCUUUUCUCAAGUUCCAGUGCUGCCGGUCCAUGUUGAUGCUAUUCACACUUCACGCCCCCUUUCCAUCUCAAGCAGCAGUACCACCACCGUUCUUCAUCCAAGGCGCCUUCCUCAGCGCCUCGGCCUGCACCGCAAACACAGGCUCCGUCAGUUUUACUAGCGUCUCACCGAACUCCUCCAACACCGCUGUGCACUCCUCUUCCCAGGCAGCCGCCCUCCCAUCAUCCUCGCCACCAUCCCGACCC